AUGACAUCCGCUUGCGAACUUGAACCCAUCUUGGCAAACACAUCGUUCGGAUUGAUCAUCUCAACGAUGACGAAGCGGUUUGACGACCGUGAUAGCAAGUUCACGAUACUGGAACGAACCGACAGCAACGACAGCUUGGUCACCGCGCUGGGCUUCGGUCAAGGCGUGCUUACCCCUGUACCUGGAGAGCAAAAGGCACAAUUCAAUGCCUUGGGGAGCAGUUUCCUUGGUAGCGAAGGUUCGUCAUGUGUUUUCCAGCCGACCAUCUUGAUGACCAAAGCUGACGAUCAACUUUUAAUCCAGCAAUCGCAUCAAAAACUCCUUUUCCUCUUCUCCCCUGCCUCUCGUGUUUCUACCUCGGUUCCUCUUGUCCUUACACUUGUUCUCUCCCUCGUUCUGUUGCUAUUACAGAGAGAAUCAAGAGACCCAAGAGCUGAACUAGAAGAUUAUGUUGAAGAACAUCACUCUUACGUAUACGAUCGCCAACAAGUCCCAUAUGGAAGCGAAGGAGUAUCUACAGGUUAA